AUGGAAACUCUAUUAGACAGUGAAACUUUAAAAAAAUUUGAAGAAGAAACAAAUGAAUACAUUCGCAAAAAAAAAGUUAAAAAAUUAUUUGAUAUUAUUUUAAAAAAUGUUUUAAUAAACAAACCAGAAAACAUAUAUUUUUAUAUAUAUAGUAAUAUUUAUUCUUUUCUAUUAAAUAAAAUUUUCAUAAUUGGCCCUCCCUUGCUAAAAAUUACAUCAGUACUUUCAUCUUCAAUUUCUAAAACUUUUGAUUAUUAUCAUAUUUCUAUUUCUGAACUGAUUAAAUCUCAUAUUUCAUAUGACAUAAAUAAUAUUGAAGAAAAUUCAAUAAAUAAAAAAUUAAUAAAUGAUGAUUUAGUUUCUUCUAUUAUUAAAACCACAUUAAGUAAUUUGGAUGCAAAAAAAAAAAGAGGAUAUGUUGUUGAAGGAUUUCCAAGUACUAAUAUACAAGCAAAUAACUGUCUACAAUAUUUGCCAUCACAUGUUAUUGUUUUAUUUGCUGACGAAGAAUACAUAUACGAAAAAUAUGAAGAAGAAAACGACACAAAAAUUUUUUCGAAUAUACAUAAUAAUAUCGAAGAAAAUGUUGAACUAUUUGAGGUAAAAGAAGUUGACCCAUCUCCAUUAAAAGAUAAAGUAAAAGUAUAUUUAAGGAAUGUCUCAGGAGUAUUAGAAGUAUUAGAAAAUAACAAGGAAGUUAUAAAUUUAAGAGAUUAUAAUGAAAGAGAUUUAAUUGAUUAUGUUACGAAUUUAGUAACUCAAAAUAAAGACGAAUGGAAUUCUGUUCUUGAAGACAACUCAUUGGAUGUAAGCGAAGAAAUUUGA